CUGAUCGAUUUGGAGUUCAGUCGUUUUGCUGAAAAGGGGCGCUACUGAUGUGUUCUAUGGCUUUUAUACACAUUUGGGAAGCAGAAGUGACAGAUUAAACAUUUUAUUUUAUAUCCGUGUCGCUGUUGUUGUUUGUGUUUAAAAGCUACAGAUGAUAUCCAUGUGCUAGCUGGUUAAUUCACUGGAUGAGUGGUUUUUCCAGCAGAAAUGGCAGACGAGGCUCUUUUUCAGUUCCUCCAUAAUGAACUUAUACAAUAUGUCAACAACGCAGAAAGUGGAGAAAAUGAAAAUGGACGGUGUGUUUCCAAGCUUGAGAACAUGGGAUUUCGUGUGGGACAAGGUCUAAUUGAAAGGUUCACCAAAGACACAGCACGUUUUAAAGACGAGCUCGACGUCAUGAAAUUCAUCUGCAAAGAUUUCUGGACCUGCGUGUUUAAGAAGCAGAUUGAUAACCUGAGAACAAACCACCAGGGUAUUUACGUCCUACAGGAUAACAAGUUCCGGUUAUUGACCCAACUGUCUGCUGGUAAACAGUAUCUGGAACAUGCCCCGAAGUAUUUGGCGUUUACCUGCGGCCUGGUGAGAGGAGGGCUCUACAACCUCGGUGUGAAGAGCAUCGUCACGGCUGAGGUGUCCGCCAUGCCUGCUUGUAAAUUCCAGGUGAUGAUCCAGAAGAUGUAAAACACCGAACAUAAGAACAAAUUCAUUAUAAUAUAUACAGAUCUGUCAGUUUUGUCUUUUUAUUUUGUUUCGUUUUGUUUUCCAUUGAAACCUCUUAAAUUCCUUCUGUGCAAUCUACAGCAUGUUGAGGUCAAGCCUUAUUGUCCUGUGUUCGUUUGUACCGUAACCUUGAUUUGUUAUUGGUUUUACUCUUUACCGUCUGAAUCAUAUUUGCACAAGAUAUCAUUGUUUUAUUUAAAUGUGUGUAAUAUUGGCACAGCUAGUUGUGUUUGUAUAAAUUAAAUAAACAUUAUGCCAUGCUUUAAAA